UUUUCUUAUUUUACUAGUGUUCUAUUCCAACAUUUUGUAUGUAUUAUUUAUAGCAGCGGGAAAGAAGUUAAUGAUAACAAAAUUCCUGCGAAAAAAAGAAAAAGUAAUAUUGCUUUUUUUGCGUGCGAGCAUUAAGGGCAACAAACACUUUACGAUUCGCGGAAAUUCGCAGUAUGAUCGCGGAAUACCCGAAGUAAUUAUUUGCAGGUUGAUGACUUCGCUCUCGUCGCUAAGACCGUUCGGCAGCGAAAGGUGAUUUUUAGCGUGACUAUUCAUACAAUAAUACCACUGUUCAAGCGAGUUAAUGCGCAAACAUUUCGAAUUGGAUGAAUUUCCACCACAUCUUCGUGAAGAUAGAAGAGAAUUUCAUCUUAACAUAGCUUGACCGUUCUACUCAUACAUGGCAAUCUAUUGUCACCCGUCACGGCCUCAACGCCUUAACUCCCAUCAGUUUCUAGUACAACGGCACCGAUACUAUUGAUACUUGUUAAUUCCCAUCGCUGCUAACUAUGACAAUCAUUAUUCCGAGUGCAAGGGGUUAAGCAGCACCGGCGCGACAACGCAUUAAAUGCGGGCAACGGUUGCACAACAAAGUGGAAUCAUCGCAGAAGGCAUGCACGAUCUGGUCUUUACGCGUGCUCUCGUGUGAGGCAUGCGUGCAAGCUCUUCCAUAUAUAAAUACUCGUGUGCCAGUAGGAAAAUCUCAGUCGACCGAUACGUGGUGCCUGUAGUUCUCGUCGCUCAUCAUCAAGUCAUCUUCCUCCAGAGGAGAGCGAACCCACCAGGCUCACCACGUGAUUCCUUCGUAUUACUUCCUUAAAAAGACAAGGGCCUAGAAUACGGAUAAAGGAAGACAAGAAGAAGUAGAAAAAGAACUUCAUCUUGAAAGCGAUCAACCAUCUUCUUUUCUUGAAAGAAUAGCUUUUUGCAGAAAGAAGCAGAAGAAAAAGAAAAGGAAAGCGGAAAGAGGAGGCGUAGCGACUGUGAUGUUAAAAAAACGAAAUGUUGAGAGAAAGAAGCAGCUACGGAGGAUAAAUAAAACGAAGUAGAAAAAGAAGAAUUCUUCAUUUUUCUAACGUCCUUACUGCAAUUUCAAGCUACAGCUACAACUUUAAUUUAGUGAUCGUUUCCAAGCUAGUGGUCAUUCGUGAUCAAUAUCAUUAGUGAUCUAUUACGAUUUACUUUUUGCAUAUUAAUAACCCAUUGUGAUUAAUAUGUUGCAUCGAAAGACUUAAGACUUUGGGUCAGUUUUCGAGUCAACGAUACAAGUCUCCCAAUCGAAGUUUUGAGUUAUUUUUGUUUUUAUCAAUUUCUUUUACUGGCGAACCAGCCAGUAAUCAACAGAACCAACGAUGGGAAGAAGACUAACGAGAGGAUUGUUUUUAAUGCUAAUCUUGACGAUCAAUCAGAUGAUGCUGGCACCAGCAAGUCAUCCUAGCGAUCAGCAGCACUCCGCAGCGAGAAGGAUUCAUUUAAUGACCGCUUUGGAAGCCAGCAGAAAUUUUACUUGUAAGACACCUCAGUUAAGGGCUUACAACCUGAGGGACCUGAUGCAGCAUUUACCAAGCGAAAGCGUGAGGCAGCCGGUAUAUAUUGUGUUGAAGAGAUGUGACAGUCAUUCAGGCUGUUGCCUUAGUCCUGAUCUCAGUUGUGCACCAGUGGACUCAUCGAUCUACUACGAAGAGCUGGAGAUCGAGGUGCGGAGUUUGAUAACAAACAGUAGAAGGAAAGUGUGGAUUAAAGUCGAGCAGCAUGGCAAAUGUAGUUGCAAACUUAAUACCAGUCAGAGAGACAAUGAGCCACCCAGUAUAGAGAUUCUUUGAUUUUUCAGAGGUCCUUGGGACCUUUCGAUUCAGUAUUGAACCAAGAUGGAAGAUUCAGGAGUGCGACAAUAUCCCCAGAGCUCAGCUGGUUUUUCUAGUUAUUGUCUGUGAAUAGUACUGUGACUCAGUGAAAGACCGAAUGUUAAUUGAAAUUAAUUAACUUGGACAAAAGCUGUUUGUUGUUCUCAUGUUAUUGAUUAACGCGUUCAAGGAAAAUAUAGACACGAGAUACAUUAGUUAAUUUAGAAUCGGUAUAAUGCCUUAAACUUCUAACAGUGGACAGUGUUGUAGGCAAUGUUUCGAUGUAAAAUAGUUUAACACAAAGUAUGAAGGAACUUUUCCGGUUGUAACUAACGAAAAAUUGACAUUGACUAGAUUGGGAUUCAAUUUUUCAGGUCAGUUAAUACUGGCUUGGCAUCUCCCGUCUUUAACUGCAACUGCAACGAAGAAAAAAUGUUGAUAUAAAGUUAAUUAGCAAAUUACUACGCUACAUAUUUGGAUGUUCAGAAUUGGGAAGAAUUAAUGGAGAACAUAGAUUAUUAAGAUAUGAAAGAGUUCAAUAGAUAAUGAAUAAUUGUGAACAAAUAUAAUCUAGAAAAUACUUCAAAGGCUGAAUAUAAAGUGAAGUAGAAGUUGUUGCUUGUAUAACGGAUGAAAAGUGAAAAAGAAUAUUCCACUAGAUAAAGAUUUAAGUACAUUAACUUUGUAUAUACGUGUAGGUAAUUUCUUCUUUCUUAAGAGAUAAUCUCGAUUUUCCAUUCGUUGGAAAUAUGUCGUAAGAUAUCUCAUCGUGAUAUCUUUAUUGAAAGGGUGGGAGAGAGAAAGAGAGAUUUUUAUUGUACAUAUAUUUAUCUCAUAAGUGAUAUCUUUCAACACGUUUAAUAGGCUUUUUCAAUCGUGCCAUUCUUUUUUACGUAUCAUAAAUUUAAGGGAAAAAAUGUGAAAGUAAUAUUAUAGAAUAGAGGAAAGAGAGAUUUGUGAAGCAUCCACGCAGAGGAAAAUGUUGAAAGAGACUAAAUACGUCAGCUCUUCCUACUUUAUGCCCCGUAUAUACUUCGGAAAUGAAGUAUUCUACAAUAAAUAUAAUCAAACAUAAUAACGUAAAGGCACAUUCAGUAAAUGCAAUCAUAAUUUAUCUGCCUCAUGAAAUGUGAUCGUGAACAUUUUAAGGCAUUUAUGAAUAUCUUUUUACCAAAAACUAUUGUGAUAAUGAGAUUAUAUUAAUUUGUGAUUAUAACACGACGCUUUUCAAAAUGCGAUCCAUAUGAAGCGGCGAAUUUAACGCUAAACGCUUGUCAGAUUCGCGGUUUAUUUCUAACGUGAUCUUUAUAUUAAACUUAUAGCACCAAACUGCGAAACUGACUGCCACGUUUAGAGCUAAAUAUAACAUCACCGUUGUAUUAGCUAGUAAAUGCGAAUGCUGUUCGUGCGUUAAACAUAAAGUUUAUAGUAGUUAAACGAAUUCCAGGCGCGGUAAAAAUAACGCGCUAUGCGAUUACAUAUAAAUGAUUCUCUAUAUAUACAGUGUCACAAAGUUAUAAAUGUAUAUUUUCAGUUAUAUUUGAAGUUAGAAAGAACUUACACUUAUAUAAGUGAAGUAAAAUAAUCAUCUUAUUAAGUUGAUUAACAUUUCUUGACAUUAUAGCUGAUAUGAAAAGGAUCAUUCUACGAUUUAGCGUAGCAGUAUCCUGAUAUCAGUUAUAAAUUAAACGCAUUUUGUAAUCAUUGUGUGCUGUAAUUAACUUAUUUAUUAAACGAGUAAACUUUCAUUGAAAAGUAGUAGGAUAAGUUACUACAAGUAAAUCAAUAUGUGAUCAAAAUCAAUCAAGAUGUCGAAAGAAUUCUCAACAGUAUUCCCGUAGUGUCAAAUUAGCAUUGUUUAGUUAAUCAAAUGUUAUCUAAUUUUUAUACUAAUUAAUUUAUGUAUUGACUAAUUUAUAUUAAGUGUGAAAAAAGUGACAGAAAUACUUAUAAAAAUAAAUCGCAACUUUGGCUAUUUUUAUACCAA